UCCUGUUUUGAGGAGCCAUGUUGCUGGCGGCUGAAACAUGGAAGACGAUUCGGACUUCUUAGACGCUCUGUACACAGACGUCGCGCACUCCUUGGAAUGGAAGGAAACGAAAGCCUUGAAGAAGAGGGUGUCUUCUUUAGAACUUCAAGAUCCCGUCUCGGACGAAGACUUGGCCCAAGACAUCUUCAAGAAGUUAGAGAAGGAAGGACACUUCGGGAGGGGCAAUCUGCAGUAUCUUACAGACCUCCUGACUGACUUGGGACGGGCCGAUCUGGGGGAGAAAGUGCAGACGGCAGAGCUAGAGCCGGAGGCCGAGAACAAGUCCAUCAGUGACCAGAAGGAGGAGGCUACAGUUCUGCGGAAGCAUUUCCGGGCAGUGGCGCAGGAGGUCUCUCCCCUGGACUGGAGGAGAUUCGCGAGGCACCUGGGUCUGAGUGAAGGGCAGAUCCAGCACAUCGGGAUGCGUCAGAAGAACAACUCGUACGAGGGCGUGAUCGAGUCGCUGUACGUCUGGGAGAACCAGCUGGGCAGCAGCGCCACCUACCGGAAGCUGAGGGAAGCGCUGAACCGGGCGGGGAUGGAGAACGUGGCGGACAGCAUCUGGGCCUAGCAACGCAGAGGUACCUCCUGCUGGGGGACACGGAACUGCAGGAACAGAUGUGGAGAAUCUACUGUUGUAUCCAGAACCAUAAUCUCCAAGCAGAUCCCAGGGUGGAAAAGCAGUAUCAAGAUGUCCAUACACCCUUGGGUGGCAUUUGGACCCUCUCUGGCGAAUGGAUACUGCCU